GAAUAUCUAAAGGAACUGUAAUUCGAAGUCUUCCAGCCCCACUCCUUAAUUUUCCUGCUGGGGAAAUGAAGCGACUUCAUAAAGCGUCUUUGUUCUCUCCUAUUUCUUACGUGAAUUUAAGAAAAACUGUAGCAAAGCAGUGAAAAUUGAAAGCAAACCUCGAACAGUAUCUUAUUAUUUUGUGGGUAGGGAGCGAGUGGGAGGAGAUGCAACUAAAUACUGAAGGUAAAUAAAGAGUGGAGAAUGAAUAAGUGUUAAACCAUUGCUAUAUAUUCUGUUCCAUUUUAUUCAGAUAUUUAUUUUUGACUGGAGACAAGUUUGGUUCUCUUUUCAGAAAUAAAAACUGUGUUAUUAAGUGGCUUUUUGAGCUGACAUAACAGAGUUCUGUGACUGUAAGCAGAAGUAUUAGAUGAAGCAGAGGAGUUAACUCAGAGCUGUUGGAACGUGUGCUGUGUACUGUUUUUCCUGUUUCUCCCCCAGCAUCUUGCAUGCUUGAAGUGUCUUAUAUAACAGCCCAACGAUGCAUGAACACGAACAUAAAAUCUUUUGUGCUUUUGCUGUCUGAGGAAGAUUUUGCGUUAAGAUUUCCAUUUUGCCUUAUUUUGGUGCCAGUCCAAGUCUGGAGUGGCAUAUCCGAAAAGUGGAUGUUCAGGAUAACAUGUCCAAUGUGUCGGAAGAGAGAAGCACUAGACAACAGGACAUUAAGAAAGGACUCCAGUUUAUAGAAUCUACUUUGCCCUAUCCAGGGACGCAAGAACAAUAUGAGUUAUUUAUCCGAGACCUCGUUAGGAACCUUUUCAAUGAAGGAAACGACGUCUAUCGGGAGGGUGAUUGGAGGGGAUCACUGAGCCAUUACACAGAAGCUAUAAACAUUGCUGAUUAUGCUAAUUCUGAAGAGAUCCACGUUUCUGAUGAUGUCCUAGAGAAGCUGCACGUGAACAGGAUAGCGUGUUUCUCAAACAUGGGAUUGCAUGAAAAAGUUCUAGAAGACUGUGAGAUAGCACUAAGAUUGAAUGAAAACAAUUUCAGAGCUCUCUAUAGGAAAGCAAAAGCUUUGAAUGAGCUGGGAAGGUAUAAGAAGGCUUAUGAUGCUGUAGCAAAAUGUUCUCUUGCUGUGCCACAGGAUGAAAGUGUGAUUAAGCUUACCCAAGAACUAGCUCAAAAACUAGGGUUAAAAAUAAGGAAAGCAUAUGUAAGAGCAAAGCCACCCUCCUCAAAUUCAGUUCCUAGUGAUUUAUCAACUCAGAAUUCUUCUGUAGAAGAUAUUGAGUUAGAUUUAUCUGACCAGAAACAAGAGAUGGUUUCUGCUGCUUCUUCAUCAAACUUUGUUUCUGAAGUGUCUAAAGUGUCACCAGUUCCUGUACCAUCUUUAUCUGCUGUUAUGCCUCUUCAGAUGGAAAAGGUCCCUUUGCCUUCUGCAGUGUUGGCAAAUGGAGGGAAUGUUUCUUUCCCUAUGCCAGAGGCAUGUUUAGAUUGUGGAGAUGGAGAUAUAAUUAUUGGGGAAGAACUUGAUGAACUACUUGAUUCUGUGCCUGAUCCUGAUGAAGGUGUAAUGCAAACUACAGGAGCCAGAGGACCUAUUCCUGCAGGGAGCGUAGCUCCCAGUGUUCCUUUCUCUGCCUCUUUGUUGGGGACGCUGCCAGUUAGUGCAGGAUUUGUUCCUUCACCUUCUCUUUCAGAAAUCUUUUCACAGCCUUUGGCUUCUUCUCUGGAAAACUUUUGUUCACCUUUAAGCACCUUUUCAAUCAGUGACCCAAAAAGAGACAUCUCAAGUUCAGCUUCUAGAGAUGGAACACCAGCACUGAGCAGCAAUAACUCCCCGUUGUUUAUAAAUGGUCCUAAUAGUUUGUUUGGGUCCGAAAAUUACAUGGGAAUUGCAGGCCAAAGUAGAAAUGACUUUUCAAAUGUUUUUAGCAGUACAACUGCUAAUAUACCUGUAUCUUCAGCACUUGGGGGAAGAAACCCAUUAGAAGGCACACAUGAGCUAAGACAGGCCUGCCAGUUAUGUUUUGUCAAAAAAGGUCCUAAAUUACUGGACUACGCUUACCAUCCCAAUUUAGAACAUAAAUGUAAGAAGGAUAUUUUAAUUGGCAGAAUAAAAAACUCUGAAGAUAAAUCAUGGAAAAAAAUACGGCCAAGACCAACAAAGACACAGUAUGUGGGCCCAUAUCAUAUAUGUAAAGAUGUGGCUGCUGAAGAGGAGUGCAGGUACCCAGGUCACUGCACGUUCGCGUAUUGCCAGGAGGAGAUCGACGUGUGGACGCUGGAGCGCAAAGGAGCCUUCAGUCGAGAGGCCCUUUUUGGAGGAAGUGCAAAGAUCAACUUGACUGUGUCCAGGCUGCUGCAGGAACAUCAUGGAUUAUUUAUGUUUCUUUGUGAGAAAUGUUUUGAUCACAAACCCAGAAUAAUAAGCAAAAGGAACAAGGAUAACUCAUCUUCUUGUUCUCACCCUGCUAUGCAUGACUUUGAAGAUAACAAGUGCCUUGUCCACAGUUUGCGAGAAACUAUGGUGAAAUAUUCCAAAAUCCGCCCUUUCCAACUGCGAUGUCAGCUUGACCUGUGCAGACACGAGGUGCAUUACGGCUGCCUGCGAGAGGAUAAAUGCUUUUAUGCUCACAGUCUGGUAGAGCUUAAAGUCUGGAUAAUGCAGAAGGAAACAAGUAUUUCACAUGAUACUAUUGUUCAGGAAUCAAAGAAAUACUGGCAGAACAUGGAAGCUAGUGCACAUGGAUCACAGAUUCUUGGGAACCAAAUGAAAUACGGAUCACUUAAUUUGAAGAUGAAGUUUGUUUGUGGUCAGUGCUGGAGAAAUGGCCAAGUUAAUGAGCCAGACAGAAACAAAAAAUACUGCAGUGCAAAGGCCAGACACCCAUGGACCAAAGAUCGCCGUGUGGUGCUCGUAAUGUCUAAUGAGCGCAAGAAGUGGAUGACCAUCCGUCCCCUUCCUGCAAAGAAACAAGUGCCUCUGCAAUUUGAUUUGUGCAAUCAUAUUGCUUCAGGCAAGAAAUGUCAGUAUGAUGGAAACUGCUCAUUUGCUCACAGUCCUGAGGAGAGAGAGAUGUGGACCUAUAUGAAGGAGAACAGCAUUCAAGACUUGGAGCAGUUGUAUGACAUAUGGCUAAAAAGUCAAAAACCAGAAAAAGGAGAUGAUGCAGCUGCUCAGGCAAACAAAGAAAAUGGGAAGCAAAUUCACAUGCCAACUGACUAUGCUGAAGUUACAGUGGAUUUUCACUGUUGGAUGUGUGGGAAGAACUGUAAUAGUGAGAAGCAAUGGCAGGGUCACAUUUCUUCUGAAAAGCAUAAAGAGAAGGUUUUCCACACUGAGGAUGAUCAAAACUGCUGGCAGUAUCGCUUUCCAACGGGAUAUUUUAGCAUUUGUGAUAGAUAUAUGGCUGGUACUUGCACUGAAGGAAACAACUGUAAAUUUGCCCAUGGAAAUGCUGAACUCCGUGAGUGGGAAGAACGAAGACAAGUUUUAAGAAUGAAGCUCAGCAAAGCAAGAAAAGACCACUUGAUUGCUCCCAGUGAUAAUGAUUUUGGAAAAUAUAGUUUUUUGUUUAAAGAUUUAAACUAAUACUGAGAUGACACAUACAUGUUAUCAGCUGGAAGCAUAAACCAGAAAAUUUGACAAUAAUCAAAAGCAUGUGACAGAAAAUCUGCAGGUUUUCUGCUUUUAUUGGCAUAUAUUGUUCCUCCUGAACAGCAAAGUAUAGUAGAUUUAGGGGGAUUGAGCAGACCUGUCUAUGCUCUCAUGAAACAGAGUGGUGAUUAAAAAAACCUGAAGUAUUAUGUGCUUACUCACCUUCUGUUGGACAGAAAGUUAGGAAAUAGAAGGGGGGGAAGAGUGGUUAUAAUAUCUAGGAAGCCCCCUAGUUCUCAGACCUUCAGUUGAAAAACUUUAAGGUAUCAAGGUAUUGCAAAAGAGAGUGUUAUGGGCUAAGAAAAUGAUGGAUGAAAAUUCUUCAGAUCUUUUAAUGGAGAGGAUUUGUUUAAAACAAAGUUUGCUACUUAUCUAUAUGUAGGUUGCUAAAAAGGAUUUUCUUAUUAAAGAUUUUAAACAAAAUAACCAUUUAACUACAAUAUAUGUUGAAUGGGUAUUUUUUCUCUAUUUGUAUGUUUCAAUAUAAUUUACUGAAAAAGGAUCUUGGGAGGAAAAAAAGUAUUAAUUUUUGAAAAUGAAGUAGUUAAAAUUCUGUUUCUUGGUCUUUGCUGUUUAAAUGAUGAUUUUGAAAGAUUACACUUGUAUGUCAGUAUUGUGUAUUAUUGUAUGGACUAAUGUUGCCUGUAAUAAAGAGAACUUUACACAAA